AGCAGCUGAUCUCGGACAUUGUGACAAAUUAAAAAUAAAUAAAAUCUUUUUAAUAAAUAUGCUAAAGAAAUUGAAAAAAAUUCUAAAGCAGUGAAAAAGCAAUCAUCAAUAAAUAAAAUAAUAAUGCAGCAAAGUACGACAAGCUUCACUACCAACAGUGAUUUUGAAUGUUUUCAAAACUACACUGCGCCAGAGAUAUUUGUGCAACAGCUUGCAGGAGUUGUGAAUCAGGGUGACAUAUCUUGUAUUAUAAAAUCUCAAAAGCAAAUGCUUCAACGUUUUGAGAAGACAAAUGAAAUGCUUGCUAAUUGUAAUGCACUGAGUCAGAAUCGAUUGAAGAAUGUCACCGAUGAAUACAAAAAGAAUUGCAAGCUUUUGCUUGAAAUGAAAAAGGAUCUCGAAUAUAUAUUUAAGAAGAUAAGAACUGUGAAAGGAAAGCUUGAAGCCAAAUAUCCCGAUUCAUUUGAUCAAGUUAAUAAACAAAUUGAAACUCAUAUUGAGGAAGACGAAGAUGCGUCAGCUGUCAUUGAUUAUGAACAACUGGAAAGUACAAAACAGGUUGAUCCAGCUCUAGAAGCACGAGACUCCUCAUCAAAAAUGCAAGCACAGCCAAGAAAAGGGAACUAUACAAAGUUCUUGAAGAAUCUUCACACUGAACAAUUAGCAAAAUUACAUUUAAAGAACCAACAUGAGUGUGACUUACUCGAGGAUAUUCGAACUUUUGUCAUCAAACGUUCCGCCAUCGAAAAAUCUUACAGCGAAGCUUUAUUAAAAAUUUCUUCGGCUUAUUUGAAUAAAAAGACUCCAAAUAUACCCGAAAUCAAAAUGGAUGGAGCCGAUGAAAAAUGGAAUAUGUGGAGCGUAUGGACGACAGUUUUGGAGGAGAAUGAAAAGUUGGCAAAAGCUCGAUUGGCGGCAAUUGAAAUUUUUCAACAGCAAAUUGCUGAUGAAGCAAAAAUUCUGAGAUCUUAUAAGGUCGCCAUAAGCAAGAAGAGCGUUGAGAAUCUUGGAAAGAUUCAACAUGAAGUGCAAACAACAGUUCAAGAUGUUGAUAAAACAAAGAAAUCAUAUUUCGACGAGGAACAUUGUGCUCAUGAUGUGCGUGACAAAGCACGUGACAUUGAAGAGAAGUUGAAGAAGAAGAAGGGAAGCUUCUUUCAAUCAAUCACAUCAUUGCAGAAGAACAGUGCACGAGUGACAUCACGCAAAGAGCAAAUGGAAGAAAAAUCAACUGGUGCUCGAAACGAUUACAUUUUGAGUCUUGCGUCAGCGAAUGCCCAUCAAAAUCGCUACUUUACAACUGAUUUGCAAUCCACAAUGGCGACCAUGGAAAAUUAUGUUUACGAACGUGUUGCUGAUUUCUUAGCACUUAUUGGACGAGCUGAAUUGAUGACAUGUUCAGCGACACAAAACUCAUUCUCAAAGAUUCGUGAUCAAGCAAAUCAACUCACUCGCGAAUAUAACUUGCAAUGCUGCUAUUUAUUUUAUCCCGUGCUUAAGCAACAUAUUCAAUACGAGUUCGAACCUUGUGAUAAUGAUCCAGUGCGAAAAGUAACAUCCGAACAUGAAUCAAAUUUACAAUUGUUGAAUUCAGAAGGUAAACGAUGGGCAGCACGUGUUGCAAGAGAAAGUCACGCCAUCAGAGAAAAUACGAGAAGAUUGGCGUCAUAUCAAGCAUUGCGUGAUGCUGGCCAUAGAAAUGAUCCGAAUGAUCAAAAUGGCCCCGACUUGGAGACGAAAAUAGAAGAUUUAAUUGAACAGAUUCGUGCAUCAGAAAUCAUUAAAAUUAAAUCAGAAGCUCGAUUAGAAUGUUUGAAACAAGGCGGAAUUAGUGUCGAGGAAUGGAUUCAAGAAGCUGAAACUCUGAGUGUUCAAGAAAUGCCAAGAUCAAACAGUUCACUUUCAAUGGGCACUGAUGCUUCAAAGGAAGGCGAAAAUCCAAGUUCCGAUUCAUUUUAUGACAGUGACAAUGCUCCCGAUAAUGAAGCCGGCUUCUCGAAAGCUGUUCCAAAAGCUGUUGUCACAAAAACAGCUGAAGAAAUGCGUAAUGAAUAUCGCGAAUCCAUUCACGAAUCAAGUGAGUUUGAAGAUGACGAUAUUGAAGAAGAAAAACGACAAAUCGAAACGUUCGCAACCACUUGGGAAGACCCAACACAAGUUGAUUGGGGAAAUGAAAAAGAAGAAGAGUCUAGUCAACCUCCACAAGAACCACCACCAGUUAAUGCAACUGCUUCCACAAUUCAAACUUUCAAAUGUACUGCUCUAUAUUCUUAUACUGCCCAAAACCCUGACGAGUUAACAAUUGUUGAAAGUGAACAAUUGGAAGUUGUUGGUGAAGGUGACGGUGACGGGUGGUUACGUGCACGUAAUUAUCGAGGUGAAGAAGGUUUCGUUCCACACAAUUAUUUGGAUGUUGAACGUGACGUGCCAUCAAAUGAACAACAAACGCAAAUGGUCGCACAGAUUUCUUUCUCUUCUGUUGAUUACACUGUUGAUAAUGAAGAUCAAGAAGUUCUUCCAGACUCGGUACAAUCACCUGAUCAAGUUUCUGUUAUAUCAGCGCCAGUUAAAAAGCAAUCUGAUCAACUGUUUUGUGUUGCUUUAUAUGAUUAUGAUGCUACUGCUGAAGAUGAAUUGACAUUUGAAGAAGGACAAAUAAUCAAACUUAUAACAAAAGAACCUCAUGGAGUUGAUGAUGGAUGGUGGGAAGGAGAGUUGGAUGGUAAAAUUGGAAAUUUCCCAUCUCUUGUUGUUGAUGAAUGCGACGAAAAUGGCGAACCAUUAACUGAACCAGAAGAAGAUGAUGAAGAUGAUGACGAUGCUCUGCCACCAGCUGGUUUCGGCUUGCCACCAACAGUUCCACCACAUUUAGUACCACAAGAUGAAAUCACAGCAAGUCCCGAACAACAAGCAGCAAUGGAGAAGAAAUUUGAAAUGGAUUUGUCGCAAUCACAACAGAAGCAAUAUAAACAAUAUGAACCUCCAACAGUAACUUGUGCCACCCCCAUGGUGGAAGACGCUGAAAAGAAAUUCCUUGAUAACGAUGAUAUCGAACCUGAAUCCUCGCAAUCGAUGGAAGAAAAUGGCAGUGGCGAAAAUGAUUUGCCCGAAGCGGAUCAAAAGCCUUAUAAAGCAAGCAAAAGUGAAGUAAACGAAAAGGAAAAGCAAGUGGAAUUGAAAGAACAAUGUGAAGAUGACGGCUUUGGUGGAAACCAAUUUGAUGCAAAUUUCGAAGCCAACUUUGAAGCUAAUUUUGAAGACGCUUUUGCUUCACAAACUGUUGAACAGAUCAAUGCAGAUGCUUCAUCGGAUUCGAAGUCAGACAAGAAAGAUUCACCUGCGGAAAUGCCGAAACAAGUUGUGGACAAUGGUGCUUACACCGUUAAAAUAGGACAUAUUAGUGAUGAAGAACCAUUGACUGUUCCUAAUUGCAUUAUGAAAGCAAAAAGUGAGAAACGAAGACCUUUUAUAGGAAACCAAAUACAAGAGUGUCGAGAUAUUUCAGGACUAUUUUAUAUUUUAAGCUUCACCAAAGGCUACAUAACGAACUGGGAAGUACAAAAAAAUGUUUUUGACUACAUCUUCACUUCAGAAAUUUCUAUAAACUUCAAUGAAAGUAAAUUGAUAAUAACAGAGCCGGUUUUUAAUUUUCCUAUCAUACAAGAGGCAAUGCUUGAAAUUUUCUUCGAAGAAUAUGAUUGCAGUGUGUUUGCUAAAACGACAGCUCCUGAUCUCUGCCAGUACCAUUAUACAAACACAAGAGAAGAUUCAAAGCCUCUCUGUUGUCUUGUGAUCGAUACCGGUUAUAGUUUUACUCACAUCAUUCCAUUUGUCAAAGGAGAAAAAGUUCUCUCAGCAAUUCGUCGCAUCGAUGUUGGAGGAAAACUUUUAACAAAUCAUUUUAAGGAAAUUAUUUCCUAUCGACAAUUGAAUGUAAUGGACGAAUCUUAUGUUAUCAAUCAAGUGAAAGAAGACAGUUGUUUCGUGUCACAAGAUUUUUUUGCUGAUAUGAGAAUAGCUCAGAAAAAAUAUCCAGAAAAUACAAUCGUCUGUGAAUAUGUCCUUCCUGAUUGCACAACAAUUAAACGAGGCUACAUACAAACUGCAGGAACAGCGAAAAAGUCCGACGACUACCAAUUUCUACGUCUUAGCAAUGAAAGAUUCUCUGUACCUGAAUUGUUAUUUCAUCCGUCUGAUAUUGGAAUUAAUGAAAUGGGAAUAUCUGAAGCAGUAAUUCAAUCAAUCAAUGCCUGUCCGGAAGAAACACGUCCACAUCUUUAUGCUAAUAUUGUAGUGAUUGGAGGUUGUGCAAAGUUUCCAGGAAUGCAAAAAAGACUGCUAAAAGACAUCAGAAGUAUGGCACCUGAGUGGUUCAAAGUCAAUGUCACUCUUCCAGAAGAUCCCGCAACUUAUGCUUGGUACGGUGGCAAAUUUAUGGCUGAAGACCCUGAAUUCGAUAAGCUUUGCAUAACACGUCAAGAUUAUGAGGAAAAUGGUGUUCGAGGACUUAUUUACGGUGAAAACUAA